AUGAGUUACAUCUCAAUAAAUUCCUUGUAUUUUUUGUGUUGCUUUGUUAUAUUUAUUACAAAUGUAAAUAAUGUAAAAAUAAGAAUAAGAGAAGCGCAAAAAUUUCAAACGGAUUGGUUUUAUAUGAAACAUGGCUACAGUAAAAGUUGUUACAGCAAACAUUUUCGUAAUAACAAAAACUUGCAGUUAAAUAUUAAGAAAUUUGUACAUCAUCAAAAUGAUGAGAUAAAGUAUAAUGAAAGAUAUUUUUAUUCUCUUAUAAAUAUAAAUAAUUUAAAAUUAAAUUUAAAAAAUUUGAUGCAAAAAUAUUGCUUUUUUUUUAAUACUAAUGAAGAGAAUAAUAUAGUCCAUCCUUUGAAAAAUUGUCGUUGGAAAAUAACAGUAUAUAACUUUCUUUUAAAAAAUAAAAAUUCUUUUUACAUUUAUAUUUAUGAAAAUGGAAAAAUAAAAACAUCCGAAAAUUUGGAAGGAAUAUGGUUUUAUAAUAAUUAUCACAUAACAUGGUGCAUAGAAUAUGAGGACAAGAAGGUGUAUUACACGGCUGAGCUACUGUGGAACAACGACAAGAGCAGGAUGAUAAAGGGCAUAAUAUACAAGGAGAGCAAAAACAAAAACUCGUUCUUGCCUUCCUACUUUUUUAGAAAAAUUCUUGGAUCGUUUGAUGGCCAAAUACAGAGUUAA